UCUGUUUCUCGCUGUGGCUGGCUUUUGUUCUCGUUCGCAUCCGGGCGAGAGAUCGAGGGAGAAGGAGAGAGGAGAGAGGAGAGAGGAGGAGGGGCCGUGGCGGGCCGGAGAUGGGAUCUGCGGUGGCGGAUGUCGUACUGGACCUGAAUCUAUGUGCCGUGAGAGCCGUCGGCGGCUCACUCAAGGAGGCGGCGGCGCUCGAGAGCGGCGACGGUAGGGUGGCGAAGCUGGAGGAGUACGUGAGAAGCUUAGAAGAGGAGAGGAGAAAGAUCGAGGCUUUCAAACGCGAGCUCCCUCUCUGCAUGAUUCUCCUCACCGACUUGAUCGAAGGUUUGAAGCAAGAGCUGAAGCAGUGCCGGGAUGGGAGGCCCACGCAUGUCUUCGAGGAGGUCAUUCCCGUUCAGCAUAAGCGCGAGGAUGAGGGAAGGCUGAAGCCGGAAGCAGAUUGCAAGGAUAAGAUGAGCUGGAUGAGCUCUGCUCAGCUGUGGAGUGUUAAUUCUCGAGAAGACAAGAGCGACAGUGAUAGGAACGUUACAGAAGAGAGAAGUGGAAGCCGGGAUCAGCGGGAGGAGAAGGAGAAGGAGAAGGAGGAUAACUUGUUCUUGGAAUCCACGAGCCGGAAUGGCAGGGGCGCGUUCGUGCCUUUUAAGGGCAUAUCCGGCCCUAAAAUCAAAUCAAAGGAGGAGACGAAGACCACGGUGAUGCUGCCUGACCUCUCCCUGCUGUCACCUGCAGGCAACAGCGCUUCUUCCCCUGUUUCUGCCACCGUUGAGGACCACCCGGUUGGUGGCCCGGGCUCUAAGGGCGUCGGUAGAGCUCCGGUGUCAGCUCCGACGAUCUCAGGUGCCCACCUCAGCUUGCAAGUGCAGCAACAGCAGCAGCAGCAGCAGCUUCCGAGGAAGGCGAGGCGGUGCUGGUCGUCGGAGCUCCAUCGCCGGUUUGUCCUUGCUCUUGAACAGCUCGGUGGACCUCAAGUGGCUACUCCAAAGCAGAUUAGAGAUCUGAUGAAAGUUGAUGGUCUCACCAAUGAUGAAGUGAAAAGCCAUCUGCAGAAAUACCGACUGCAUACUCGAAAGAUGCCUAAUGCUACAUCUGCUAUUAGCCAACCGGUUAUGGUUAUGAGAGGUUUGUGUGUUCCUGAUGAGAACUACACUACUUUACCGCGGAGUGCUUCCCACUCUGGCUCUCCUGAAGGCCCUCUUCAGUUAGCUAAUUCUAACCAUGCGAUCUCUGCUAAUGCUGGAGAUAGCUGUGAGGAAGUAGAUGAGAAGUCAGAGAACUAUAACUUGAGAUGAGAAAAUUUUGCCAUUGAACAUAAUUAACAGGAUGCUUUUGAUAUAUGAGAGGUACAACCCGAAGAGAGAAUUUUAGGUGCACUUUCAAGAGACUGACAUAAUACUUCAUAUGUAUAUAGAUAUCAGGGUCUUUGCUGAUAUAAUUCAGGGCAGGAUCUGGUCUGAUUGGAUUAUAAUUUCAUGUUUAAAUGAAAAAUGGGGGAUAGUUUUUGUCCAAGUGGAGUCCUAGACCUCCUCACAUGAGACUUUUGGGCAGUGUUGCACUGUUAGUUUUUCCUCUUUAAUUAACUUUUGUUAUUGGAUAAACUGAGGUUUGUUUUGACAAUGCUGUGCCACUUCCCCCUAGAAUAAAAAGGUUCUGCUGGUUUUGUACAUGAUUGGUACUCAAAUUUUGGCCAAAACUUGGUCUGUUCAAGUUUCUUUUCUGCUA